AUGCAAUUCAUUAAGGAGCAUUACGACCUACUAGUGCCUCGAGUUUUUACGUAUGAAGUUAACAAGAGCAAUCCGGUGCGGGCCGCGUUCAUACUAAUAGAGCUACUCCCUAGCAUUAUCGCUAUAGACGCCCUUAGUCGCCUAAAAUCGGCCGAGCGUCAAGAGAGCCUACUCUCGGCUUGUCUUAGUAGCAAGAGGAGCCAGGCUAUAGGUUAUUCGUAUAGGGCGUAUACUAGUGUAGGAAAAUCGGGCGCCUAUGAUCGAGUUAUAGAGGAGAUUGAGAGGGGUUAG